AUGACCGAAAAGCGAAUCUGCCGAUGGGCAGCAUUAUCGUUGUCGACCAUUGCCUCAACAUUCUUCCAGGACCUGCUUGGUCGUCAAAGCUCUCAGUUUGAUCAUCAGUUGGUCGCAAUCAGCACCAGGGGCACCAAAGAACGAGCACAGAACUGGUUCGCCGAGAACAAGAUUCCGAACAGCGAAAAUGUGGCAAUUUACAACUCGUGGGAGACAAUGCUCGAACAAGGCGACUUCGACAUCGUCUACAUAUCGACGCCACAUCCGUUACACUACGAAGAGAUCAUCAAGGCUGUUUCGUGCAAGCGAAAUGUCCUCGUUGAGAAACCAGCAACCAUGAACGCCGCACAAUUCCGGCACUGCUCAAAACUGGCAGCAGAAAAUCAGGUCGUCCUGAUGGAAGCGAUGUGGACUCGCUAUCUUCCAGCAACGCAAUACCUGAAGGACCACUUGCUGCCUCGUAUUGGGACGGUCAGACGUGUGUUCUCGGAUUUCUCGUUUCCUAUCGUCAGCCCAGAUCUUCCGAAUGAUUCAAGGUUUCUGGACAAAGCUGCUGGAGCUGGGUCUUUGCUCGAUCAAGGUGUCUAUGCUUUGACGUGGGUUGAUAUUGCACUAAAUGGCACAUCAGACACUAAGGUCGUGCAUGCGAACUCACAAAGCGUUCCUGGAAGACCUAGCGAGGUCGACGACAUCAACACGAUCGUGCUUGCGACUACUGCUGCGACUGCGAUCGUCUCGACAAGCAUGACACUUCCAGGUUCAAGCAAACCAGCAUUCUAUGUGCGUCUCGGUGCGAAGAAGGCUGCACCUGCAGUGAGAAUCGAGGCUACUGAGGCGUCUGUCGCAAUUCCAUUUCCGUGCAUUCGACCAGAAGAGCUGCAUGUUCAAUGGUAUGGAGACAAGCUUUUGAACGAAGAUGGUACAGAAAAGGAUGAGAUCAUCAAGAAACCAGCGGAAGGUUGGGGGAUCUGGUACCAGGCUGAUGUCAUUGCAAAGGCAGUUUUUGAGAAGCGGGUCGAUACCAUCGGGCUCUCCGAGAGCUUGAGAAUUUUAGAGUGGAUGGACAAUGCAAGGCAAAUGGCUGGCAUCAAAUAUGGUACAAAGCUAGAUGAAAUGAAAGAGGUCUAG